AUUUUAUAUUCUGCGGCGACCACGGAGGAGUGAGGAGAGGAUAACAGGAGCUUGUGGGAGAGAUUGCUUGUCAUUUUGCCCAGAAGAGCUCCUGGAGACCCACUUUUCUGAUGCAUUUAACAAUGCUGAGGUUAACGUUAGGCUUGGCCUUGCUGAGCCUGGUGGCCGGCUCAAAGUGUCCCAGUCAGCAGCUGUGUGGGGACCAGCAGACGUGUUGCCAGGUCCAGUCCUCUGGAGAAUACAACUGCUGCCCCUUCCAUCAGGGAGAGUGUUGUGAGGACCACCUGCACUGCUGUCCUGAGGGGAUGUUGUGCCAAACAGCAGAAUCCAAGUGUACAAACUCGACUCACUCGCUGCCCUGGACUGAGAGGAUAUCUGCCAAAAAGACUGACCUCGCUAAAUCAUUCAGAAUGAUCAGCUCUUCUGUGGCCAGCAAGGAUAACAUCAUCUGCCCUGAUAAUACCUCCUGCCCAGCCGAGUUCUCCUGUCUGAAGCUGUUUGAAAGAUACAGCUGCUGUCCUGUCACACAAGGCAUCGUCUGCAUGGACGGAAAACACUGCUGUCCGAACGAUCACGAGUGCACUGUGGACAGCACCUCCUGCGUCAAGAAGAAAGAACCUGUCCGGGCUGUUAUGUGUGCUGACGGUGUGUCAGAGUGCCCAGUGCAGACUUCGUGCUGUGAGACUGCAGACGGAGGGUGGGGCUGUUGCCCCAUGCCCAGGGCUGUGUGCUGUGCAGAUAAAGUGCACUGUUGUCCAGAAGACAGCGUCUGUCAUGUGAACAGCUCUAAAUGUGUGACCUCCACCAAGCAGGAGCUGCCCAUGUGGGCCAAAUUCCCUGCCCGGCUGAGAGCAGACUGGGAGGACCGCAAACCUGAAGCAGUGACUCCAAAGAUGACCACUAAACAACAGGAAACCUCUACAACAUCACAGAGCACUGCUGCUACUACGACUCCAACUACGACUCCAACUACGACUCCAACUACGACUCCGACUACGACGACGACUACGACUGCUGCUGUCAGCGCUGCUGUUUCAAAGGGUGCUGAUGUUCCCUGUAACGACACUGUGGCCUGUCAUGAUGGACAAACGUGCUGUAAGAACGCUCAGGGAGAUUGGGACUGCUGUCCUUUACCUGAGGCCGUGUGCUGUUCUGACUUCGUGCACUGCUGUCCUCACGGGAAAAAGUGUAACGUCGCUGCUGGGACAUGUGAGGACCCCUCAGGUUCUGAGCCCUGGCUGGAGAAGAAGCCUAGCCGACCAAUCAAGGACGGAAACUUCCAGAAACCAAAGACCUCAGGAUCUAAAUGAUCUCUGCCUCGUCCUCUUGUGUCUUUAGGCGCUGAUGUUCCCUGCAACGACACCGCGAGCUGUUCUGAUGGACAAACGUGCUGUAAGAACGCUCAGGGAGAUUGGGACUGCUGUCCUUUACCUGAGGCCGUGUGCUGUUCUGACUUCGUGCACUGCUGUCCUCACGGGAAAAAGUGUAACGUCGCUGCUGGGACAUGUGAGGACCCCUCAGGUUCUGAGCCCUGGCUGGAGAAGAAGCCCAGCCGACCAAUCAGAGGACGGACACUUCCAAAGACCAAAGGCGCUGAUGUUCCCUGCAACGACACUGUGGCCUGUCAUGAUGGACAAACGUGCUGUAAGAACGCUCAGGGAGAUUGGGACUGCUGUCCUUUACCUGAGGCCGUGUGCUGUUCUGACUUCGUGCACUGCUGUCCUCAAGGGAAAAAGUGUAACGUCGCUGCUGGGACAUGUGAGGACCCCUCAGGUUCUGAGCCCUGGCUGGAGAAGAAGCCCAGCCGACCAAUCAGAGGACGGAAACUUCCAGAAACUAAAGGUGCUGAUGUUCCCUGUAAUGACACUGUGGCCUGUCAUGAUGGACAAACGUGCUGUAAGAACGCUCAGGGAGAUUGGGACUGCUGUCCUUUACCUGAGGCCGUGUGCUGUUCUGACUUCGUGCACUGCUGUCCUCACGGGAAAAAGUGUAACGUCGCUGCUGGGACAUGUGAGGACCCCUCAGGUUCUGAGCCCUGGCUGGAGAAGAAGCCUAGCCGACCAAUCAAAGGACGGAAACUUCCAGAAACUAAAGGCGCUGAUGUUCCCUGUAACGACACUGUGGCCUGUCAUGAUGGACAAACGUGCUGUAAGAAUGCUCAGGGAGAUUGGGACUGCUGUCCUUUACCUGAGGCCGUGUGCUGUUCUGACUUCGUGCACUGCUGUCCUCACGGGAAAAAGUGUAACGUCGCUGCUGGGACAUGUGAGGACCCCUCAGGUUCUGAGCCCUGGCUGGAGAAGAAGCCCAGCCGACCAAUCGGAGGACAGAAACCUUUGGAUAAAGUGAAAGGUCAAAAUACAGCAGCCAAUGUAAGCUGUGACUCCAGCCAUUCCUGCCCACCGUCCAGCACCUGCUGUAAGGAUGUGGACGCAGACUGGGGCUGCUGCCCUUUUGCUCAGAGUGUGUGCUGUAAGGAUCGUUUACAUUGCUGCCCUCAUGACACCACCUGUAACUUCAGAACGCUCACCUGCAACAAAGACAACGCCUCUGUCCCGAUGGCCAUGGUAGUCAAAGCUUCUGGACAGCCAGCACAGAAGAAGGAGAAGGAGGACGUGAAAGUGGAGAAGAAGCCAAAGGAGAAUGAAGGAAACAGCAACGUUCAGUGUGAUGAACGUCAUUCCUGUCCCGAUCACACAACCUGCUGCUUCAUCAGCAAAACUCAGAAAUGGGGAUGCUGCCCUCUGCCUAACGCUGUGUGUUGUAAGGAUGGAGAACAUUGCUGUCCAGCCCAGUAUAAGUGUGAUGCGACUCAGACCUCUUGCGUUAAGGGUGAUGUGGUCAUUCCCUGGUACACUAAAGUGGCAGCCGAGAGCAGCCCUGACCAAAGCGCCGUCAGGUGUGACUCACAGACAAGCUGCCCCGUUGGCGCCACCUGCUGUAGGCUCAGGACUGGAAAAUGGGGCUGUUGUCCUCUUCCUGAGGCCACCUGCUGCCCAGACAGAGAGCACUGCUGCCCUAAGGGCUACAUGUGUGAUGAGGACUCGAGCUCUUGUGUGAAGACCAUCUUACUUCAGGUGGAGACGGUUCCCUUAACACACAUCAGGCACCUGCAUAAUGACAUCCAGUGCGGAGGGGGAUUCACCUGCAAGGACACUGAGACCUGCUGUAAAACCUCUGGGAGCACCUGGGGCUGCUGCCCGUUUGCGAAGGCUGUGUGUUGCAGUGAUAUGCAGCACUGCUGUCCAGCUGGAUACACCUGUGGAGUGGGCGGAGUUUGCACUCAAACAACGGGCUUCAACUGGGACCACUGGCAGGUGUUCUUCUCCAGAAAGAAGCGAGCGCUCCUCGUAUAAACCCAGCCGAGGAUGUCCUACUGAUAUACAAAUCACACAUAUGUACAUACGCUGUCCUUCAAAAGUCUGAGGAUGUUUUUCCCUCUUUUCACACUUUCUAAGUAACGUCUGAUUUUUGCUGAUACUUUUCAGUAGAAGUAGUUUUUAGCGUUAUACUAAUAAUCUGAGUAUAUUUAACGACACUAAUAGUUAAAAAGCACAUAUUAAAACUCUUUUGGUCCAAAGGUGGUUUAAAUAUCUAGAAGGUUUGAGUGUCGACAUCACCCACAACAAGGGCAUACAGUGCGUGGCCUUUGGCUUUCUUCUCAGGGUGGGGCUUUUAUCGGCGGUUUCUGAAGGUAGUAUUAAUCUUUAGUUAUUGCAAACACGAAGAAAACAUGCUUAUUUGUUUUAAAAACUUCCCAAACUUUUGAAGGACAGUGUAAAACAUGUUAAACUAAUCAAAGUCUUGCAUCAUGCGUACAGAUAUGGAGAUUACCGUUGAUUUUUCAUUUUUUUUUUACAGAGGAAUUAAGAGUUUGAGGGCCGAGUUUCAUUCUAAAGAUUUGUUUGCACAAUUAAUAAAUCUCAUAUUGUUCUAGAUUAAAUAACGUUUUGUGCUUAGAAAUAAUUGAGCCAUACAAAUAUAUCAUCAAAAAGGGUUUUUAGUACCAUCCUACUUUUUUUGUCAGAAAAGUGGAAUUCCACUUUUUUUCUGCAAAAUUACAUGAAUAAAUGCCAACAUGCUCAUUCGGAGUGGUUUGAUGUGAAAUGCUCCAGUGUCUGAGACGUUGUUUUAUGACAGUUUUGACCUGAAACAUAUACUUUUUAUUCCAUUUAGGCAAAAUAGUCCCCAAAGAAAACUUUUUUUUCCCAAAUUAUCACCUAUAGAUUCACAGGUGGGUUUGGAUUCUACAGAAAAUGGUAAAUUGAAAAAGUAGAUUAAAAAAUAAAAUCAGAGUCUCUAAGUUUCUUUACACUGAACCAUUUUAAACCACUCUGAAUGACUUUGUUUACAUCUCAACCACCAAAUCUUGCAGAAAAUUUGAAAAACAGGUGGAAUUCCCCUUUAAGUCCAUGUUAAAUAGUGGAUGUCAUCUAAUGGUUUUUACUUUGGCCUUAAAUGCACUUUCCACAGGUGGUUCAUUUAUUUUGGCUGAUUUUCCUCUUCAGUUUUCCAGCACACAGCACUUCUUCUGUGUUCUGAGAUGAUAAAACACUUUGAUGUGUCAUGAUUAACUUGACUGUAAUAAGAUUAUUACUUUCCAAACUACAAGCAGUGUGGUCUUCUAAAUGUUACACUGCCUUCGUCUACAGUAGUUGGAUUGUUAUUGAUCAGAACGUGUUGAGAUGCAUGAGGAAGCUGAAUGUCCACUGCCUCCUGAAGUUGAAUAAAAAAUAUGACCCCAUUUCAAGGACUCCUGCUGAAGUUCAUGCUGAAUUAAACUCCUGCUACAACUCACUCACUUAAAGGGCCCAUAUCCUACGUUUUUCUUAUAUAUUACUAUAUUAUAUUUAUGUUCUCCCUGAGGUCC